CAGACGGUCCAAAUUUCAAAGCGCAUCUAGUGUGACGAAACUGCCAGUGCAAACGUCAAAGGGCCAAACCAAAAGCCGGAUAUUUUUAGUGCAUUUUAUAUUUUCUAAAAUAUAUUAUAUUUUUCCAUAGCAAGUGGCACAUCUAACUAUAUUGCUCUAUUUUUGGCUCUACCUCGUCUGUUCGCCACCAGCCACUAUGGAUGGAGACACUCAAGAGAAGGCGGCAGACAUCUCGAAGACAGCUCCUAAGGGGGAUUCUGAGAGACUGACCAACAAAUUCAGGGGCCGAGGUUUCCGAGGUCAUGGUCGAGGGGGCCGAAUGAGUCGAGGAGGAGGACGCGGCAUGAUGAAAGUUGUCGGGCCACCUGUUCACGGGAGGGGUACAAUCAAAGAUGGAGUGAUGAACGGCUUUUCCCCCAUGAGAGGAAUGGGGAGAAUGCGACCUUACCCUGACCCCAGAGGUCAUCGAGGUAGGUAUGGACCAAUAGGCAUGGGUCCUCCACCUCCCCCCAUGCACCUCACAGGGCCCUUCCCGCCCAUGCCCAGACAUGGUCCUCCUCCACUACCACCGCCAGGUCACCCGGCUUUUAGAGGGCGUCUUCCACACCCCAGAGGCCGUGGCAUGCCAGUCCCCGGGCCCCCGCGUCACUUCCACCCCAGAGGUCCAAGAGGCUACCACAAUGGACCGGUGUCUCCUCCGCCUCACCCUCCACCUGGCAGAGGCCAGAGGUGGCCGGGGCCCCCUGGUGGCCGCCGCUUUUAGUACAGCCUGCCCUAUAAACAGUACUAAAAAGACCAUUUCUUCUUAUUCAAGAAAAAAGUUCAAAACUUGAUUGAUUAUUUAAAAAAAAAAAAAGAGUUUGAUUAUUAUUAUUAUUAUUAUUUUAUUUUAUUUUUUUUUUACAAGUGAGUAGUAAUGUGAAAAGUGAGGACACAUGCAAUGCCUCGCAUCUUAUUUAAUGUAAUGUGAUGCACACGUCCUUAAAGGACGGAAAGUUCUGAUCAAUGUUGACUUCCUGUGAGCCAGUUUAGACCUCCUAACCCUACUUUCUGUUACCUAGGGAUAUCUUUUUUUUGUAAUAUAGCUUCACCAAGCAGUACUCCACUUGUCUAGUAUUCUUGAGAUGAUAACGUUAUUCUUGUGCAACUAUUUAACGAAUAUUACUGUUUGGAACAUUGUUUGUCUUCAACACAGUACUGUGUAGUGGUAAAUGAAGAAAUAGUGACAGUUAUUCUCCUUUUUUCUGAAGUGAAAACGUUUGUUCCACUGUAAUUAACAGCGUAACUUUUGUCAACUUAAGAAAAGAAAUAAAACUAAAAAGAAACCACUUCUCUUUUUGGUUCAUUCACAAACAAAUCCUGACUUGUCAGCACAUUUUCAUAACCAAGUCAUUGUCAUUUCUAACGUGUAAAUCACACUAGAGCUUUGCAUAAUAGUUCAAAUAGAACUGGUUAUGUAUAUGACAUCAUUGAAAGCAUUCAUUGGCAUGUAAUGUUGUUUUAGGCGUGCUGAGAAACAAAAAUGCAUCUUGUAUGCGUAAAUUAGUGAUUGGAAAAAGUGGUGAAUGCAGUUAUCCCACAUAAAAUGUUUUUUUGAACCCAAACUAAAUGUUGAAUCUCUUGCCUUUUAAUGUACAUAAUAUUUAUACAUAAUAUGCUUUAUUUAAAAGCUGCAUAUGGAUUGCUACUGUUAUUAUUUAUGCUGUGCUGCUUCCAAAAUAAGACCUUUGAUAAGUGUGACACUGUCCCAUAGCCACAAUCAGCUGCUGCAACCUCUCCCACCGUGCUCCUUUCUCCAUCUUUCUACACCUUUUUCGUGCUGCGCCUUCAGUCCAUUCUGCCUGCACUUGUUGCUAACAUGACUGACUGUUGUUGUCUCCUGAAAGGGGAGGGAGGCACACAGUACAGUUAAUCUCCCCGGCCCUGGAUCACAGGCCUUCCUUCUUCACAGCUCUCCAACUGCAGCGUGACGUCUGCAGUGCAGCCCUUCACUGACAAUGGUGAGUCUCCUCUUUACUGUAUUUCCUCAAUAUGGUGGCCACACUAUGAAGAUGCCAUGCAGGCCUGUAAUGACUUACUGGAACAUUGAUAUCACUCUAAACAAA